AUGCUCUUUCAAAAGCUAUUGUUGCUUGUGCUUUUGGUAGCUGCGUAUGGCGACAGCAGCGACUCUGUCAGUCAAGAAUCAGAACUAAGCAGCAUAAGCAGCAGCGCAGAAUCUGACGGUGAAAGGGCACAUGAAGAGAUUCUUCCCGAGGAGGAAGAAGAGUAUGUCAGCGAACAAGAAGAAUCUGAACCUAACGCCGUGAGCCAAGUUGUGGAUUCCGAUCCUAACUCUAUAGAUCAUUCUAUCAAGGUUGACGAGUGCAUCAAAUGCGUGAAUGAGCAGAAGGAAUCGGGGGUUCACCGUUAUCAAUGGUUUGAUAAGUGUCGCGCGUGUGAUGGUUUGAAGUCAAUAGAUUUAAGGGGUAAAGUCCCUUUUUAA